ACAAUUGGGGCAAAAUUCAACGAGUUCGUUUCUUUAAACCAACACGUGUUUUACGUCUAUUGAAGACUCUUUGUUUCAUUCGAUACUAAUUUAUUUACGUACUUUGUUACGUACGUAUAAGAAUCUAAAAAUAAAUUUGAACUGUGUGCGCAAAUUAGAGCAAAUAGCUGGCUGUCGCAAUUCAACUUGCAAACGAUGGCACCACUCGUCCUCACUUAUAAAAAUGCAACACUGAGAGCCAUUGUGGUUAAUAGCUAUUCGUUAAAAAGAAGCGAGUAAGUAAGCUACACGAAUGCGCGGCGUUACGUUGUGAAGUGGAAAAAUUGUUUCAUAAAAAUUGCAUGUUUUCGUGUAUAAUUGAUAUACAAAUUUAGGAAAAAAGUGAUUUCGAUAAGUAGUAGUUGUGCAAGCGAUAAAAUUAUAUCGAAAAUUCGUAGUUACUUUUGCGAGAACAUUAAAGCAAAAAAGCGCUUUGGAGGAAAAAUUCGUUGUGAAUCACGUACAUAUAAUACAUUUAAAUCACAAUAAAACAAAAACUUCGUAUAAGUGCAAAUAAUUGUGGAUUGAGUUUAUUAUUGAGAAAAUUUAUUAACACAAAUUAAAACAAUGUCUGAGGUUGCGAAUAUUGAUAAAAUUGAGCAGAAUACUGUACCAGUGGAACAGACCGUAGUCGAAGUGGAGGCAGCGAGUACACCAACGUCGGCUGAGGCAGAGACGGCGGCUUCACCCGAAAAGCAAGUGGUCAACAACAGCAUCGAGGCUGAAUCUGCGGCAGGCGAUGCUGGUACGAGCGCUGCGGAGGCGGCCAAAAUAGAGGAAUCUUCACCAAAAGUGGAGAGCAAGAAGACACCCGUAAAGCGCACUCCAUCGAAACGGAUGUCUUUCAUAGAACGGGCACAAAAAGAAAGUGAAGAGCUAGUUAAGAAUAUGGGCGGCAGUUUAGAAUUGGAUGGUGGUCGUCGUACGCGCUCAAGCACACGUGGCACACCAACUCGCGCUACAGCUGUGUCAACUCCACCCCCUGCCAAAAAGGCACGUACCUCGCCCGCUAAUGCUAGCAACACACCGUCCCGUGGCCGUGGACGUGGUCGAAAAAUAGACAUAUCAGAAGAUUCGGAAGAGGCUAAAGGGUUAGCUGAGCCACCAUCGGCAAAAACACCGGAAAAAUCAGAAACCCCAGACAAAAAACAGGAUCCGGCAGAUAAACCCAAUAACAAAGUGUCAGAAUCGAUUGAUGAAUCAUUACCACCCGCCGAGGUCUCGGAAAAGUCCAUAGAAAGUAAAGGAGAAGAAGCGGUGGCAUCUGCUUCAAAUAUAGAUGAGUCAGAGGAUAAAACAGAUGCCAAAGCUGACAUGGAACCUAUUUCAGAAGAACAACAGAAUGAUGACGAACAAGUAACCAGCAAAGAAGCCGAAGCGGAAGCCCCAUUAGUACAGAAAGAUGAUGAAACACCAAUGGAUACAGGGGAAUCUGUUCCUGCGGAAGAGCCUUUAGCGGAUAAAGUUGUUCCAGAGCCAACACCAGCAGGAGCAGAAGAGCCGACAAAAUUGGAAAGUACAGCAGAAAAAACAACAGCAUCAACUACCGAGCAAUCAGCUCCAAUCGCGGUGCCAAAACAGCUUACACCAGAACCCAUGGAUGUUGAUUCGAAUUCUAAGAGUAGUGAUGUUGAGCUAGUUGAAUCUGCGGCACCUGCUACGUCUGAAGAUUCAGUUGAAGUAUCAGUACCGGCAUCAGCUGCAGUUGAGAGUACCGCGCCGCUUUCUGGAACUGAAACAAUUCAGGAGGCUAAAUGUGUUAACACAAAUAUCAUAGAUGCAGAAUCGGCGGUCAACGCCAAUAACAUUGAUAACACGGAAGCCGAUAUUGUUGAAGUUGCCUCACAAGCGCCGGCUCCUUGUGAUGUGGGGAGCGUAGAAUAUAAUGCAAAUACGUUAAAUGCAACGAAUGAAGUUGCCGCUAUCGCAAAAACUGAAACAACUGUAGACGUUGCCAACCAACCUGCUGUAGCAGAAAGCGAAGUCAAUGCUAACAAUGAUGAUAGUGCUAAGUCAGGAAAUGAUUUAUGUGUCCCAAAAGUUGUAUCGCCAUCGAUAAACAAUGCAAAUAACGAUGGUGGUGUAGCAACGAUAUUGUAAAUUCGUAAUACUUGGACGUCAAAAAUUGCUAUAGCAGUCGACAGUAAAAAUGCCAUGAUGUGCAACAAUAGUUAAAACAACUGCAAUACGGACAACAUCAUCAAAAUUCAAAGUGGAGCAAAAGGGACAACCAUAAAAGUUAAUGAGUUGCCAAGUUGGCAAGCCAUUUUUUAAAGCACGAAUGUCUACCACACAACCCGCCUGAAAUAUUUUUACUGAACGUUUAGUUUUAUUUUUAUUUUUGUUUUCUUUUUUUAUCUUUUCUCUAUUUUCAUGGCAAAAAUUUAAUUGAUUAAAUUGUAUUGCCUUUCACCGGAUAAGUGUCAAUAUGUCGCUAUAAAUAUUCAUUUUUUCUAAUUGGACAACAGAAAACAAAUAAAUGUAUAAUAAUAUAUAUUAUAUAUAUAAUUAUAUGCAGAAGAUAAGCAAAAUCUACAACUAUUUUAGAUGAUAAUGACCAUGCAAAACAAUAAACAACCUAAACAAUCA